AAAAAUAAAACUGAAAUUUAGAACUCAAUUGAACUUAUUAUCCACGAAUCUCAAGUCAAUAGAUUCAGUUUUGCAGCUAUCUCGAAACUUGUUCGUCGCCAUAGAGAUCACAGCUCCGAUCUAAAACCAAACACUGAAUUUACGUGUUCACCCUGCAUUUCGUAGUGUGUUAAACAGCAAAUUGCUGAAGAGGAGUUUGGAUUGAGUUCAAUUCGCAAUGGCCGAUCCAACGGUCGGCGGCAUCUCGACGGAAGGGGAGAAGACGAAAUCGGAAAAUGGUGAAAAGGGAAAAGGAGAUUUGGAUCCGGAGUUUUUGAGUUGUUUGCUUCAGCCUUCGCCGCCCGAUUCCGAUCCUAAUUACAUCGGAAUCCGCCGCCUCCUCCUCCACCGGAAGGCGCAGGCCGACCAGCUCAAUCGCAAGGGCUGGAAAUGUAAUGAAAGAGGUUAUGUGGCAUACCGUAAUUUCAUUAAUAGGCCUAGGAAUUGGGAGAGUAAUCAGACACCAAGUCUAUCGAGCACUCCAGGACAGAGUGGACGAUGGAUACAAUCUCCAAGUCCACUCUUCCCAUUCUAUGAUGCUGACAGCUGGAGUACUGGCAGGGAUUUGCGGAGUUCUAGCCGAAGACUAAGCUGCAGUACAAGUUUAAGUUCAAUUACAAGUGAGACUGAGCACCCGCGUAAAAAAGUUGAACCUGCAUAUUCCUUUGUAGGGAUGCACUGCAUAUUUGACCAAUCCAAGGCCAUGGUUACUGUCAUAAAAUUUGGUAACAUGAGUUCGGAUCUUCUUGCUUAUGGAUCAGCCGAUGGAAGCCUGACUGUAUGUACCGUCUCUAUGCCACCAUCUGUACUGCAGCAGUUAACUGGGCAUACUAAAGAUGUCACAGAUUUUGACUUCUCAGCAAACAAUCAAUACAUUGCAUCUGCCUCAAUUGAUAAGACAGUGCGAGUAUGGGAUAUCUCAAAAGGGCUUUGCAUAAGGGUGAUUUAUGGAGUAUCUUCGCAACUCUGUAUUCGCUUUCAUCCUGUUAACAACAAUUUUCUUUCGGCUGGCAAUGCAAAUAAAGAGAUUUUGGUCUUCAAUUUUAGCACAGGUAGAACAAUCAAUAAAACCACUCUGUACAGUGAGGUGACGGCUAUGGACCACGACCACACUGGUCAGCUUAUUUUCUGUGGUGACUCUCAGGGAUGUCUAUACACGGUUACUAUGGACUCGCGUACUGGUGCCCUCUCUCGUACUCACCGCCAUCGAAGUAAAGCCAAGCACCCAUCUCCAAUCACUACUGUCCAGUACAGAACUUUCUCUUUGCUCGCGCGUGGUCCAGUGUUGCUCACUUUUUCUCGAGAUGGAAGUUUGUCUUUCUUCAGUGUUUCGCUGGAGGUACAAGGCUAUUUGACUGUUCGUUGCGCUCUCAAAUUGACUCCACGUCUGCACAGCAUCCGCGCCUCCUUUUGCCCUUUGCUUUCUCUCGAGAAAGGAGAGUACAUAGUUGCUGGGAGUGAGGACACAAAUGUCUACUUCUACGACUUAACACGGCCGAAGCAUGCAUGUGUCAACAAACUGCAGGGUCAUGCCUACCCAGUAAUAGGCAUUGCUUGGAACCAUGGAGAGAACUUAUUGGCUUCUUCCGAUUUCGGCGGCACCGUUAUCGUAUGGAAGAGAGAGAAAACACACUGAAAACAGUAGUAAGUAAUUUCAUGGAUGAAUCUUUACUUGCUGGAGUGGCAUGAUUCCUGUUCUUCGUUACUGCCAGAAAAGACGGUAUGAUAUUGAUACGCGACGAGAACGAUGACAAUGCCAUCUGUUUGACCAGAGCGUGACGCUGCUGUACACUAUACCAAAGUUUUUUCAGGGAAAGAAACAGAAUGUAGAUUGUAGAAAGAUUUGUUUGAACGCUGAUCUGAAAUAAUAAAAUGUGUUGAUGAGUUGAG